CGGCGGCGGCGGCAGCGGCGAGCAGCGGCAGCUGCAAGUUGGGCUGCAGGGGCAGCGCAUACACUACAAUGGCUGCUGGAAAGAGGCGUAAGGAAACAAUUUCCAGGCCCGCCGCGUCCAGCCCGAAAUAUGAGAAAAAAAUUAUUAGAAAUUCCGCGGGCGGUGUAAAGGCGGCGGACGGGCCGGAGGGAGGAUGUUAAAGCCCCGCGAUUGGCCACAAUGGGAAAGGUUGGAUUCCACUCCCUUCCACGAAGAGUUAAUGGGACUGGCUAAGAUCAAACUCUGAGGCUUUUUCCAUCUACGAUCAGUCCCUUUUUGCUUUCUUUUACGACCACAUGAAACUUGAGAAGCCACCUAAAGCUAUAUCAUUUAGUGGAGUUGGGCAGUUCCCAAGUGUCCAACAAGAAGGCCUGGUUUAGGCUGCGAUGGCCACUGUCAUUCCUGGUGAUUUGUCAGAAGUAAGAGAUACCCAGAAAGUCCCUUCAGGGAAACGUAAGCGUGGUGAAACCAAACCAAGAAAAAACUUUCCUUGCCAACUGUGUGACAAGGCCUUUAACAGUGUUGAGAAAUUAAAGGUUCACUCCUACUCUCACACAGGAGAGAGGCCCUACACGUGCACACAGCAAGACUGCACCAAGGCCUUUGUCUCUAAGUACAAAUUACAAAGGCACAUGGCUACUCACUCUCCUGAGAAAACCCACAAGUGUAAUUAUUGUGAGAAAAUGUUUCACCGGAAAGACCAUCUGAAGAAUCACCUGCACACACACGACCCUAACAAAGAGACGUUUAAGUGUGAAGAGUGUGGCAAGAGCUACAACACUAAGCUUGGGUUUAAGCGACACUUGGCGUUGCACGCGGCCACCAGUGGGGACCUCACCUGCAAGGUGUGUCUGCAGACUUUCGAAAGCACCGGCGUGCUUCUGGAGCACCUUAAAUCUCACGCGGGCAAGUCAUCUGGGGGCGUGAAAGAGAAGAAGCACCAGUGCGAGCACUGCGACCGCAGGUUCUACACCCGAAAGGAUGUCCGGAGACACAUGGUGGUGCACACUGGAAGAAAGGACUUCCUGUGUCAGUACUGUGCACAGAGGUUUGGGCGAAAGGAUCACCUGACUCGACAUAUGAAGAAGAGUCACAGCCAAGAGCUUCUGAAGGUUAAAACUGAACCAGUGGAUUUCCUGGACCCAUUUACCUGCAAUGUGUCCGUGCCUAUAAAAGAUGAGCUCCUUCCGGUGAUGUCCUUACCUUCCAGUGAACUGUUAUCAAAGCCAUUCACAAACACUUUGCAGUUAAACCUCUAUAACACUCCGUUUCAGUCCAUGCAGAGCUCGGGGUCUGCUCACCAAAUGAUCACAACUUUACCUUUGGGAAUGACGUGCCCGCUAGAUAUGGAUGCCGUUCAUCCCUCACACCACCUUUCCUUCAAAUAUCCGUUCAGUUCUACCUCAUACGCAAUUUCUAUUCCUGAAAAAGAACAGCCAUUAAAGGGGGAAAUUGAGAGCUACCUGAUGGAGUUACAAGGUGGCAUUCCCUCUUCAUCGCAGGAUUCGCAGGCAUCGUCAUCCAAGCUAGGGCUGGACCCUCAGAGCGGGUCCCUAGAUGAUGGUGCGGGGGACCUCUCCCUGUCAAAAAGUUCCAUCUCCAUCAGUGACCCCCUCAACACACCAGCAUUGGAUUUUUCUCAGUUGUUUAAUUUCAUACCAUUAAACGGUCCUGCCUAUAACCCUCUGUCAGUGGGCAGCCUUGGAAUGAGCUAUUCCCAAGAUGAAGCACAUGCUUCUGUUUCUCAGCUCCCCCCGCAAACACAGGAUCUUCAGGAUCCUGGAAACACUCUAGGUCUCGGGUCUCUGCACUCACUGUCAGCAGCGUUCAGCAGUAGUUUAAGCACAAGCACCACCUUGCCACGUUUCCACCAGGCUUUUCAGUAGGUCCUGGGACGUGGGUGUAUUACAGAAGUGUGUGUGCAGCCCUGCCUUAGAUGACCAUUUUUAUUUUAGUGCCUACUUUAAGACAGUAUAAAAGUUUCUGCUUUUGUAUAAUACCAGUUUUCAUUAAGCCAGUAUAAAAUAGAAACUAGCUUUUUAAAUGAGCUUUGGAACCAUUCAUGUUAUGUUUACCUGGGUGUUUUGUCCUGAUUCACUGCCAAUUAUCAUAGUCUGAAAGUUUUAUUUCAUAUAGGAAAGCCAUUAUUAUUAAUAAAAUUUCGCAAGCCCCACAUUCAAAUUAUUUUUAGAUCUUAAAAUUUUCAUUUUUGUCCAGUAACAGUGGCUCUACCUUUUAACAUUUGGCUCCUUAAAAUUUUUUUUGCAAUACAGUGUAAAUUUUAUAAAAUCCAUGUGAAUAACUCAGAAGUUUUAAAAUUUUUACUAGCCAUAAAUGAAUUCAUAAAUAUUUUAAAAGAAUUAAUCCAGUUUGAAAAGAUAGCAAAUAUUUCUUAGAUAUACCAUAAUUUCAGAUCAGUAUAUUUUGAAGACUUGCUAUUGUCUUGGACAAUAUUUGCUAAAAUACAGAAUGUGUAAGGAAAACAUAAACCAAAACACAAAGUAUCAGUGUUUGUAGCAAAAAGAGAUUCCUAAUGCUGUGACGUGUACUCUGUGUAGCAUAAUAGUUGGCCCUUAAUUAUUAGUACAUGGCCUCUUUUGCCACAGUUCAACCUUCUUGACUUGCUAGCUUUCCAUUUAAUAAUAUUAAUAGUGUAUGGCAUCUGGGGUCUUCAGGGAAGAUGUAUAUAGGUAGUUCUCCUUAAUCUUUCCUGCCUUUCACAGCCAGAUGAUGGCUCAAGUGCACCAGCAAUAUUUUUUUGGGUUAUUGGUUCACAGUCCAGAAUCUAGAGUUACUACAGAACUAUAGACAGUAGUGUAUUAUCUCAGAGUGGACUGUCUCAGCCUCUAAGGUCUGGUAAACAGACCAGGAAGUCAGAUGUAAAGUACACGGUUAAACCUUGGAACUUGUGUAGGGAUCAAGUCUGCGGAUGCCAAGGUUGAAAACUAGACUCUUCAGGAGCAAAGUAAGAGCAUAUCACUUACAUCACUUCUCUUUCUUUUUAGGCUUAAGAAUUGAUGGAAAUACUGACUGAACAUUAUAGGAAAGAAUUAGAAUGCCUUAAACAGAUUCAAACAUCCAGGAAAUUUAAAAAUUCCAUUGAAAGCUAGACUUACAUCACUUCUUGCUGAAUAUGAUACGUCUUUCUUUAAGAGCCAAAAGCAGAAAACAAAAAACAACAUUCUUGCCCCAUGGUAUUUUUCUUAGUAAAUGUGAAUCCGUCUUUCCCCUGCUAUUUUCAGAUGAAGAAGUUGCAGUUAAAACAAUUUGAGGAAUUACCACAAAGUUUUAAGUAAAAAUAUAUACAGUAAAACCCCACUUUUACACAUCUCUGGAAAAUGGGAAAAAUGUUGCAAAUAAGUUGAAUUUGUAGAGGGUAGAAAAGUAAAGCAAGCACUAUCAUCUUUGUUAAUGUGAAGAUAACAAUCGAGAAUAUUGUUUCACUGACUAAAAUAGUUACGGGCUUUCUUCACUUUAGGAAACCACCAUAGUCUUCUCAAAGGUCCAAUUGUAUUUUUCAAAGGGUCAUUGGGGACAUCAAUCUAAGAAACAUAUCUAGUAAGCACGUGUUAACACCUUAUUUUGGGACCUCGUCCCUUGGGGCGGGGGUGAGGGGGAAAGGGUUAUAGAAGAGUAUAUAUCUCUUUAAAAAAUUCUAAGCACUCAUUAGCCCUGUAUGGGAACAACUUCACUGCAGAUUGCAAUGUUUACCAAGAAUUUCUAAAAAUGAGUGCAGAUUACUGAGUAUAAUACAUUAUUUAAAAUAUUUGGGAGUAGUAUAAUUUGUGGAGAAAUGUAAAUUGUAAUAAUGUAAAUGGGGGUUUCACUAUAUAUAUUAUAUAUAUACACACAUAUCGCACUUCAUAGAAUCAAAGUUGCUCUCUAAAGGAGCUUUGGCUCCUGAUAUUUUAUCGUGCUCCUAUUUUUUUUAAUUCUAGGAGCAGUAGUUUUUAUACCUAUGUAUUUAAAUUUUAUUAUGAAAAAUUACAUUUUAUUAAAGUGUGUUCCAAAGGCAUUAAAAUUAUAUAUGUUAAUAAGGAGAUGCAUCUUUAAACUUUUCAAGCUGCUCCUAAGCUUUUGGUUAGGAGAAUAUUUGCUCUGAAAGUAGGCUUUUUGCUCUGCUUCAUUACCGCUUCCUUUAGUUUCUAUGAAACAGAUUGCUUACCUAAAUCUAAUUGAAUGACUAGUGUUCAAUAUUGCUUUAAUCACCGUUAAAAAGGACAAAAGAAACUCGGUCAGAGAGUACUUGGUGAGAGGAGAACCUACUUUAAAUAGUAAUCGCAGACAGCAGGUGUGGAAGCGCUGCUUUCUCCUGUCUAAAGUUUGCCUAAACAGACGUUGGCCUUCGUAGGCUGUGCUUCACUGCUAAUAAGAAAGGGAGUAUCACAAUUUACAAAACCGCGUGUUUUGGGACUGGGGCCCGACGCCAUGUAUGUCAGCCUGCGUGGAACUCCAGCACGCGGAGGCGCAGCGUCCCGGGCACCCGUGUUACAGCUGUGACCGCGGGGUCUUACUCUCCCAUGUGCCCCGUUGUGCCUGUCGCUGCCCCGCAGACUUCAGAUAACACUAAGAGGGAACUCGGCUGACAUUGGAAUUGUGUUGUAAAUUGACUGCGGUGCUCACUAAACCCCUCUUGAUAGAGUUUCUAUUAAAGAUGAGGCAGAUUUGUUGAAUUGCACGGUGUUCUCACAAGGAUGUAACACAGAAUUGGCCUUUUAUUUUCCUAGAAAAAAAUUUCAUUUGUUUUUGUCUGUUUUCAUCCUUCAGUGGCCAGAAUCAUCAUCUUUGAAAUUUCUGGUAGUGCCUUAGCUUGGUUUAAAAAAAAAGGGAUUAACGUUAAAUCAAAGUAUUUUAGUAUAGAAUUGGGACCUCAGACAAGAUAUUGAACCUCAUUCAGUUUGACUUCCUUUGUGCUUGUGCAAACUAGAUCACCAAACACAGAGGUAUGAAUGUGGAGAGAUCUUGGCACUGUAAGCAAUAGUAUCCACUGAUUUACACAGGUACCAAAUAAUCAUUGGUCACUGUUCAAACUUUCCCUCUGAAACCCUGUUGCCAGGUUCAGUUCUUUAAAACUUCGGUUGUUCUGGCUGAUCAUACAGCACUCUUUGUGCAGGUUUUUAAUUUCAGUUAGUGUUUCUUUCCAGCUGUGUAUUUUUGCCUGUUCGUUGCUUGUGCUUCAUUUUCCGUAGUCGUCUGUGGACUAGAGUGAUAUAUUGUGUUAAAUUGGACAGUAGCGGUUUUUAAAAACCACAUACUGACCGAAGCAUGAGCCAGAGCUGAUUGCUUUAUUAAGCUAAGAAUGAAUGUUGUAGAGCACAUGUGUUCAGGGUCGUUCGUCUAGUGAGCAAUACACAUAUUGUAGGCCAAUAUAUUUUUUUUUAAAUAGAGCUUGGUCAACCUCUCUACUACACAUAUUACAAGAUAUAGCACUUUCAAAAUGAAUCUAAACCUUUACAGAAACUUUGUUAUAGGUUAUGCCUUUUAUUUUAAGACUUAUAAUGUCUCAAGUGCCAUUAGAUGAUAUAUAGGUAGGCCUUUGAUAUAUAAUGCUUUGUGUACAGAAAUGGUAGAUGGUAUUUUAAACAGGUACAUUUUUACAGUGUUUUCUUAUCAAUUUGCUAUAUUGCACAGAAUCAGUGUGUGUCUUUUCAUACAGUUUUACAAUGGUUUAUUUUUUUACAAGGUUUACGUGUCUCAAAGCACACUGUCUUCCCAGUACGUAAGUUAAGAAAUACCAGUUCACCCAAGUUGCUUCUAGCCUACUGAGAUCCAUGUGACAUUGGAGGAGGUCUUUACGACAUUGAGUAUUCAGCAUUAGCAAUGGCGGACUGUUUUCUCCACAAGGGAGUGCCUGAGUGAGUUUGUCUUACUUUUCUCACUCUGUCUCAGCCAGGUCUGCAACACAGACAAUAGUCUGUUUUGAUUAUUUAGAUCAACGUUGAUUGUGUUGUGCGUUUUCAUGCUAAAAGCCCACAAGAGAGCUCCUUUGGGGUCAUAUAAAACAAAAUAACCUAGUUAAUGGCACCUUUGCAUCACUAUUUGGCCUUUCCAUAACGUUAUCAACCCUCUGAGGACAGGAGACCAUGCCUUUUGAUAAGUUAUCAGGCUCUAGAAAUGGCAGAACUAUUGCUAAUGUAUAAAACACUUUAUUGUAUAAGCUUCAGUGGUACAAGUGAACCAGAAUGAAUGUCUAUCUUCUCAGAAACACUCCUUCAAUGUUACCUUGGGUCAUGCUGCUAAUGUAACAUGGGAUACAACUCUUCAUGGUGCUACAAACUUCUCUGUCUUGCUAGUUGUUUUUUUACCCAUAGGAAAAGCACUACGUUCGGUGUAAAGGUGUACAAUAUAUUUUUAUACUGUGACUUAACAUGUCAGUAACAGACUUUUACACCACCACAGUGUGUUCAUGUGCACGUGCAAAAGGAGGUCUUGGACGUGCAGAUGUUACCAGCACAAAGCCAGCUUUUGCCCACAAGGUGACUGUCACUCAGAACGGAAGGUGGGCUUAUUACACGGGGUGUGGAGUGAAGGACAGCUGUACGUUACUAACAGCCCUUUGAAUUUAACAAAAACUGGGAUCCAUUAGGAAGUGGAUCGCAUCGUGCCUGACCAUCAGCUGGACUGCUGAAAUUGUAUUUUUAGCUAAUGAGAAAGUGUUCGGACUAGUACUCUAAAAAUGUUCUAAUGGUAAAGUUUUGAGUCAUAAUAGAAAAGAAAAAAAAAACCUGCAUUCCAGACUGAAUUUUGUAUAUUUUUAUUGCAUUUAAAAUUGCUAUUCUGUGAUAUUGGGAAAUCAAGUGGCUUAUCAUGUAUAUCAUGUACUUAAAAAUGUAUUCACAAACUACUGUUGUAUUUGUAUAAAAUAUAGAUAAAGAUCAUA